AACCAGGUUCUCAUUCGCUGUUUGUUCGCGCGGAAGUUGCUUCUGGAUAGUCCUUUUACUGUCAAUUAUUUUUUAAAAUUGUCAAAUUUUCCAGAAACCCUGGCUGACAUUUUAAUGCUUUCUGUACAGAAUCAACGCUAGGUGAUUCAUUUUAACUGAAUGCAUUGUGUGUACCAUGCUUGGGGAAUGUGGUAUGAAAGCCCGAGAUAGGCAGGCACUGAAGAAGAACUCGGUGCAGCUUCUGAAAGACAUGGUGGUAGAUGAGCUGCUCAUCCAGAUUUUGCAGGCUGAUGAUGUUCUCACUGAAGGCAUGGCUGAAACUAUUCUGAACGAGCCGAUAUCCUUCAAGAGGAGCUCGCGUUUGCUGUUAAUCUUGCCAAAGCGUGGCCCGAGAGCCUUCAGCAGUUUCUGCACAGCUCUCAGAGGGACUGAGCAGCAGCACCUCUGCAAGCUGCUCAUGAGUUUCAGAGACCAAGAGAGCUCAUCCACAGAAAUUGAGGGUGACAUCUCAUUCAAACAGGACAGCACAUCUGCUAAAAAGAGGUUUUGUGAUUCUACACUUCCACUACCAACUCAGGAGUGUGCAGUGCCUGCCAAAAGAACUCACACCCAGGAGUCUAUGGAGAUGUGUUUGGAUGUUGAUAGUCCUGGGACCACUGCAGUACAGCCCUGCACACCUGAAUUCUACCUGUCCCACUGUGCACAGGCCUACCCAAUGUGCUCCAGUCCACGGGGCCUCGCACUUGUUGUGAGUAAUGUGCGCUUUGAGCCUAAGUUGUCUGAGCUGGACACACGCAGAGGAGGAGAAGUGGAUGAAGAGGUGCUGAGGAGACUCUUCUUUGAACUGGACUUCACAGUCAGCGUGCACAAAGACCUCACUGUCCAGGCAAUGCGUGGCUGUAUAGAACAGUUUGUGCAGAGACCUGAGCAUGCAGUGUCUGACUGCUGUGCUGUGUGCCUGCUGUCUCACGGAGUGGAGGGCUCCAUCUACGGCAUUGAUGGCCAGCUGCUGGAGUUGGACUGGGUGUUUGAGAGCUUUGAUAAUGCUCACUGCCCAAUGCUUCAGAACAAGCCAAAAAUGUUCUUCAUUCAGGCAUGUAGAGGAGAGGAGAUGGACGGUGGAGUGGACCAGCUGGACGGUGAUGAUCAAACUCAGACUUCAGGCUGUGAGCAGCGGGAUGCGGGUAGAGAUGAAAAGAGUGAGAUACAGAGGGCAGUGAGGGAGGAGAACGAGAGCGGCAGACUCCGGGUGAAACUGCCCCAGAGAUCCGAUAUGAUCUGCGGAUUUGCCACUCUCAAAGGUUUCAGUACGGCUGCAAUGAGGAACACAAAGAAAGGUUCAUGGUUCAUUCAGGAACUCAACGCAGCUGUGAGACAGAGAGCCAGAGACACACAUUUAUCUGAUAUACUGGUGCAGGUAAAUGGGCAAAUUAAGGAGAGAGAGGGCUAUGCUCCAGGUUCAGCUCACCAUCGCUGUAAAGAGAUGUCUGAAUUCACCAGCUCCCUCUGCAAAGAUCUUUACCUCUUUCCCAAGUACUGCCCAAGUAACUAGAGACACGCAUACAUACAUGGACACUCCUGUGUUGCUGUAAAAGUACUUGAAUAUGAAAACAUUCAGAGCCUGCAAUAUUACAUUUCUUAAAGGCAAUGGCAAAGGUUCCAGACUCAUUCCUUAAAGCACACAUGCAAACGCGCACACAGUGUGCUGCAUUCUGUGCUGUGCAUAAUAUUUACCCUCUUUUCGUUUCCUUGAUAUUGGGCCAAGUAUAGAAGCACUUGCCAUUUCUGCUUUAUAAAGCAUUCAACCAGCAACUGCUUGUUUGUAUACAGAUUUUAUAGAAGAGACAAUGGAAGGGAAGUGUUUUUAUUAAUAAAUCCAGACACACAAGUGUUUGUAAAUAUCAGUCAUUGUUUUUAUAGAUUCAUAGAUAAUAUAUGAUUUUGAAAUCUAAAAAUGCUUCAUGGUGCUUUUUAAAAUCUGUUUUUAUUUGUGCUUGGUUUACCAGUCACAAGUUUAAGAAACAGGAUUCUAGCCCUUUUUUGUCUCUUUUUAAAUUUAGUUUUUAUAGAGUUAUAUUUUUAUCAAUUUUGUAGGAACACAUGAACUGUGUACAGUUUUUAUCUUACUUUAUUAUGUUCACUUAUGAUUUUUUUUUUUUAACUUUUUAAAUAACUUUUUACUUUUUGCAGUUUUUCUUUCAUUUUCCUUUAGGGGUUGUUACUGGAGUCCUUUCACGCUCCC